AUGAAUACCUCAGCACCGGCUGUUUACGUCGACAAUGAAGCUCUGUGGGAUACCUUUGGGUUAGACGCCCGUAUCCUCCAGGCCGUUGACCAUUUGGGUUUCAAAAACCCCACUUUGAUCCAAUCCAGUGCCAUUCCAUUGGCUCUAGAAGACAAAAGAGAUAUCAUUGCCAAAUCCAGCACCGGUUCCGGAAAGACCGCCGCAUACUGUAUUCCGAUUUUGCAGACCAUCUUGUCCCAGGCCAGCGAGGAGAAACUGGUGAAGAGUAUCAUCUUGGUGCCUACGAAAGAGCUCUCAUCGCAAGUGACCCUGUUUCUCGAGAAGCUCCUAGUGUACUGUAAUCAGAAAGUUCGCACCAUGAACCUCUCGUCGGGCGUUUCGGACUCUGUUCUCAAAAGUAUGCUUGUCAAGAUCCCUGAUAUCAUUGUAUCGACACCAGCUAAGUUGAUCGAGACCUUGAAAGAAAACGUCACCAGUAACUCCAUUGAUCUUUCCAAAGUGCAGAGUCUUGUUAUCGAUGAGGUGGACUUGAUCUUGUCUUAUGGAUACAUGGAGGACUUGCAAGAACUCGAGAGCUUUUUGCCUGUCAAGACUAACUUGCAGACCUACUUGAUGUCUGCCACUGUGAAUGAUGAUUUGCAGGAUUUGAAGAACAGAUUCUGUGCCAGACCUGCUGUUUUGCAAUUGAAUGAGGAUGCCCUCGAACGCUCUAAAUUGGUUCAGUUUUAUGCCCGCACAACGGAGUUUGAUAAGUUCUUGUUGGCAUAUGUGAUCUUCAAAUUGCAAUUGAUCAAGGGCAAGACCUUGAUUUUCGUGAACUCGAUCAAUCGUGGUUAUAGAUUGAAGUUGUUCUUGGAGCAGUUCGGUGUGCGUUGUUGUAUCUUGAACAGUGAAUUGCCAGUCAACUCCAGAAUGCACAUUGUUGACGAGUUCAACAAGAACGUCUACCAGCUUUUGAUUGCUACCGAUGAGUCCAACGAAGCUGCUGAGGAAGACGAAGAGGACGCCCAGAAGCCAGAGGCUACUCCUGUUGAGGGACAGACCCAGGAGGCCGCAGAGAACACUGAAACGACAACUACCACCCAAGAGCAGCCCAAAAAGAAGGCCAAGAAAGCCAAGAAAGAUCGCGAGUACGGUGUGUCCCGUGGUGUUGACUUCAAGAACGUAUCGUGUGUUCUAAAUUUCGACAUGCCUUCCACAUCUCGAGCCUACGUGCACAGAAUUGGCCGUACCGCUAGAGCAGGCAAAGCUGGAAUGGCCUUGUCGUUCGUCAUCCCAGAAAAGGAGGUGGGCAAGCACAAGAUUGCCACCAUUGACAGUCCAAAGUUCGAUGAAAAGGUGCUAAAAAGAAUUGAGAAGAAACAGGCCAAGAGCGGCUUUGAGCUCAAGCCAUACCAAUUCGAUAUGGCGCAAGUGGAUGGAUUCCGUUACAGAGCCGAGGACGCAUUCAGAGCAGUGACCGGAGUUGCUGUCAAAGAUGCCAGAAUCCGUGAGUUGAAGCAAGAGUUGAUCAACAGUGACAAGUUGAAACGUUAUUUCGAGGAGAACCCCCAAGACUUGGCUUCUUUGAGGCAUGACAAGGAGCUGCACCCCUCCAGAAUCCAAUCCCAAUUGAAACGGGUUCCUCAGUACUUGCUUCCAGAGGCCGUGCGCUCGCAGACCAAGGAACUCAGUUACGUCCCAUACAGAAACAACCGUGUGCAUAAGAAAAGAAAGAGCAAGAAGAAGGUUGAUCCUUUGAAGCGCAGAAAAUAG